UGUGAAAUGCAACACUUUUCUCCUUUUAUUAUAUUGUUACUUUUUGUUUCUGUCACUCCAGAAAGCAAUGUUACUUUAAAAAACUGCACAUUGCAAGACAUUCAAUCAGUUCAACAAAAUUGUGAACCAUUUGCAAAUGAACUCAAUUCAUAUAAUGACGACUACGAUGGAAAAAUUCUACCAGAUGAUAUUAUUGGAAAUAUGACGGAUUUGUGUAGCAGUGUAAUUAAGUGUUAUGGAGAGUAUGAGUGCCAAGAAUCUGCGAAUUAUAAAAAGAAAUUUGAGCGGGAAUGCGCCGAAAUGAAAAUUUCGAAUGCCAGAGUUAAGGAGUGCAUGCUAGAAAUUUAUGGCGCAAUUUUCGAGGACACAUACAACUGUACAAAGAACUUUGACUGGUUAGCAAAAGAUCCUGUAACCAAGCGAAAUGCGUAUCUUUCUGGAAAGGAUUGUUUUAUGGAAAUUGUAACCAAUGAUUGUUCUAACAGUUCAGUUAUGUAUUUCUCUUCUCAAUAUGAACACUUUGUGGAUCUAAUCUCAAUUAAACCUGAUGGAGAACCUUGUGUUGGUCUGUACUAUGAGCUAAACGAGCUUCGCUGCAAUGAGCCAGUUUCUCAAUUUUCUUUACAAUUUGUUACUCUUUUUGCAAAACUUAUGCCACCAAUGGUGAUGAAUCAAUCCGAAAGCGACGAAGCAAAUGAAUUUACGAAUUUGCUGAAGCAUGAUGAUUCAGACACCUCAAAGAUUUGCAUGUAUGUACAGGACUGUCUGGUAGAUUCCUGUACAUUCUCCAAAAAGAAAGGGAUCAGCGAAUAUUUAGACGUAGUCUGUGGCGAGUUGGAAAAAAUGGACAAUAUAAAUGAAAAAUUUGUCGAUUGCCUCGACUUUUUUCGAGACGAUAAUUCAACUUUAAGCAACUGUGUGAAAAAUUACGAAACAUCGAAAACUGUGGAAAAUGCUCCAGUCGUAUUGAAAAACUGCAUUAAAAAUGGAAUCGAGGCUAAAUGUGGAGCUGCUGCACUGGAGAAUUUCGAUAAUAAUUAUGAAUUUUAUUUUACAAAAGGAAUGUUGAAGAAACCUUGAUCGUUAUGAAUCUUGGAUGUAAUUCCAUUUUU